GAGAGAGACAGAGCAUGAACGGGGGAGGGGCAGAGAGAGAGGGAGACACAGAAUCAGAAGCAGGCUCCAGGCUCUGAGCCAUCAGCCCAGAGCCUGACGCGGGGCUCGAACUCACGGACCGCGAGAUCGUGACCUGAGCCGAAGUCGGACUCCUAACCGACUGAGCCACCCAGGCGCCCCAGUUGGCAUUUUUCUUACAUCCAGUUUGUUUCAUUCAUUUAUUCAAAGAAGGAUUUGUCUGUUUUUUGGUUUUGGGGUUUUUUGUUUUUUUUUUUGGACACCUACUAUGGAUCAGGUGCCAUUCUGUUUUGGUGGGGUGGUGAGGGAGUGGACAAACCAGAAACAGAUCUAGGACGUUAGUGACACAUGUCGUGUCUGUUCCAGAAAUAGCUGAGUGUGGGGUGCCUGGGUGGCUCAGUUGGUUAAGCCUCUGACUUUGGCUCAGGUCGCGAUCUCAUGGUUUGUGAGUUCAAGCCCCGCGUCGGGCUCUGUGCUGACAGCUGAGAGCCUGGAGCCUGCUUCGGAUUCUGUGUCUCCCUCUCUUCCCCUCCUAUGCUCGUGCUCUCUCUCUCUCUCUCUCUCUCUCUCGCUCUGUCUCUCUCAAAAAUAAAGAAACAUUAAAAAAAAAAUAGCCGAGUGCAUGAGAGAAUGGUGGGAAAUGGGGUGGGAGCAGAUCACGUAGGAUCUUCAGGGCACCAUGAGGGCUUUGGCAGUCACCAGGAGUGAAAUGGGAGCCACUAGGGCAUCAGUGUGUCUAGAUGAGGGCAGUGGGGGGUGGGGGGUAAGGGUGGAUUAGGGACCCCCGUUGGGAGGCUAUGCCACAGUAAUCCAGCUGAUGCAACAGUGCCAGAGUGGUGGCAGUGGAAACAGAAAAAAGGGAGGGAUUGGAGUUGUAUUGGGGGCAUAGAAUCAACCAGAAAUAGGUGAUGGGAUGGAUGUGGGGGACCAAUAAGGACAAGGAAGAAUUGAAUUUGGACCAGAGAGGUAGCAGAGGAGAAGAGAAGAGGGUGGUUCUAGAGAUGCUUUGAAAGCGCGUCUGUGUUCUGCUGAUGGACGGAUGUGGGAUUUGAAAGAGAGGCGUCAGGGGUGACACCAAGUAUUUUGGCCCUUGUUUUGGAAGAAUGGAGUUGCCAUUUGCUGAUAGGGGGAAGCCUGUGGGAGGAGCAUUUUUGGUGGGGGAAGAUUAGGAUCUCAGUUUUGGAGAAGUUGAAUUUAAAGGUGCCUGUUGGACAUCCCUGUGGAGUAGCCAAGAAGGCAGCCUCCGAUGUGAAACAGAAACAGAGAACAGGUCACCUCACAUGCCAGCUCUGAUUUCUCUGAUUGGUAAUGAUGCCCGCAAGUGCUGUGUUGAGAUUUUGUGUGUUUUUUUUGUUUUUUGGGUUUAAAAAAUUUUUUUUAACGUUUUUAUUUAUUUUUGAGACAGAGCAUGAACCGGGGAGGGUCAGAGAAAGAGGGAGACACAGAAUCCGAAGCAGGCUCCAGGCUCUGAGUUGUCAGCACAGAGCCCGACACAGGGCUUGAACUCACGGACCGUGAGAUCAUGACCUGAGCCGAAGUUGGACACUUAACUGACUGAGCCACCCAGGUGCCCCUCUUCUUUUUUUCAAUGUUUAUUUUUGAGAGAGAGAGAGACAGAGACAGAGCACAAGCAGGAGAGGGGCAGAGAGAGGGAAACAGAAGCAGGCUCCAGGCUGCUGUUAGCACAGAGCCCAACGUGAGGCUUGAACUCAUGAAACAUGAGAUCAUGACCUGAGCUGAAGUCAUUUGCUUAAAGGACUGAGCCACCCACGUGCCCCUAAAAUGUCUUAGUAUGUUCUAUAAUGUGCAUGAUAUAUUAGAGUAGUAGGUAUGGGCAUUAUUUAUAAAUUAUUCUACGUAGGAAGGAUAUGCUCAGUUUUUACUGAGGAAUGGACAAAUACUUCUGAAGAUUACCAAUUUGAAAUAUUGUACAUCAGGUGCUCAAAAUUGUGACCUGAAAUACUGUAUGUACCCUGAAGUGUCUCCUGAAUCCUUUAAGGAAAAACAAAAUUAUGUUCAGUUUGGUGGGGCACCUGGGUGGCUCAGUUGGUUAAGUGUCAGACUCUUGGCUUCAGCUCGGGUCGCGAUCUCGUGGGUCGUGAGAUUGCUCUGACAGUGUGGAGCCUACUUGGGAUUCUCUCUCUCUCUCUCUCUCUCUCUCUCUCUCUCUCUCUCUCUGCUUCUCUCCUGCUUGCACUCUCCCUCAAAAUAAAAAAGUAAACAUUAAAAAAAAAAAGUGUCAGAGACUGUUCUAGAGUAAAAGAGAUCGAAAAGUUAGGGUAACCUGUGCACCUGAGUGGCUCAGUCGGUUAAGCGUCUGACUUCAGCUCAGGUCAUGAUCUUAUGGUUUGUGAGUUCGGGCUCCGCAUCAGGCUGUCUGCUGUCAGCACAGGGCCUGCCUCUCUGUCCCUUUCUCUCUCUGCCCCUCCCCUGCUUGUGCUCUCUGUCUCAAAGAAAAAAAAAAAAAAAAAAAGAUUUAGGGUAACAAUGCGAACAUGAUCCUUCAUGGGAUCUUGGGUUGAGAAGGAAAAACGCUACAAAAGAAUAUUAGUAAGAACAACUGGGGAACUUUGUAUAUAGAUUGUUUAUGGUAUUGUGUUAGUGUAAAUGGUAUUUACACUAUGGUAUUGUUUAUGGUAUUGUGUUAGUAUAUACAAAUUUAGUGUAAACUUUGUAUAUAGAUUGUUUAUGGUAUAGUGUUAGUGUGGUCAUGUGGAAGACUGUUGCGUUCUUAGGAGAUCCAGGCUGAAAUAUUUAGGGAUGAGGAGUCAUGAUGUUUGUAAUUAGGUCUCAAAUUUUAUUUUAUUUUAUUUUAUUUUAUUUUAUUUUAUUUUAUUUUAUUUAUUUUUUUGUUAUUUAUUUAUUUUUAAAUGCUUAUUUAUUUUUGGGAGAGAGAGAGAGAGAGAGAGAGAGAGAGACAGAAUCCCAAGCAGGCUUCAGGCUAGGAGCUGUCAGUGAACCUGACACAGGUCUUGAAUUCAGGAGUGUGGGAUCAUGACACCUGAGCCAAAGUCAGACGCUUAACCGACUGAACCACCAGGUGCCCUUAUCUUAUUUUUUUAUUUUUUCCCCUCCCUGGCCCCUGAGACCGUGUUUAGUAUACUAGAUUGUUUCAUUGACUGGAACACUGUCUUCUUCACCCUUUCUGAGGCAAAGAAAUUGCCAGAUCUUCACCACUGCUAUAGAAAUCCCUGGCAUGUUUUAUUUUCUAGCUGCCUCCACGUGCGUUGUAUUACAUUUAUUAUCAUAAAUAGUCCAUAUGGGUAAAGAAGUUUGUGCCUUUGGGGCACCUGGGUGGCUCAGUCGGUUAAGCGGCCGACUUCGGCUCAGGUCAUGAUCUCACCAUCCGUGAGUUCGAGCCCCGUGUCGGGCUCUGUGCUGACCGCUCGGAGCCUGGAGCCUGUUUCGGAUUCUGUGUCUCCCUCUCUCUGACCCUCCCUCAUUCAUGCUCUGUCUCUCUCUGUCUCAAAAAUAAAUAAACGUUAAAAAAAAAUUAAAAAAAAAAAAAAAAGAAGUUUGUGUCUUUAAGUGCCACAGUCCCAAUUAACUUUUUUAAUGGCUCACCAUAUGUCAGGCAGUGUUCUAUGUGUUUUACACAUAAGAGCCUGUUUUCAGCCUCACAGCUGCUCUGUAGGGGAGGUGCUACUAUUAUCCUCAUUUUCAGAAAAGGAAACUGAGGCACGGAUAGGUGGUAUAGAGGGAGUGCCGAGCAGCGUGGCCCCAGGCCGGGCCCUGCAGUAUUUACCACCCGCUCCUGGCCAUACACUUCACAUCACGAGCUGGGUCAUAGACGUUUGCUACAGCUUCCAUACCGGGAAGGAGGAGGGCUUCUGCCGCUCAGACUUUUGCUUUUCUCUGAGGGGUUCUGGGUGCAUGUCCAUAGCGGAAAGGGUGCUCCUGGAGAGAGGCCAAAACAACGACAACAGAAACUACUGCUUUUGAGGGCUCGCUGUGUGCCAGGCAGUGUGAGAUGUUUCGUCCUCAGAAUCUCACCAUGCCAUAAGAGCAUUAUCCUCAUCAGACAAAAGAGGAAACAGAAAAAGAGCGGUUCCAGUAACUCCCUCAGAGUCAUGAGGCUUUGAACUCCAGCAGCCUGACUCCAGAGCCUUCCCCUCCCCCAAGCCUGCCUUGCCUCUACCUGUCCUCUGAAUGGGUCUGAAGGUAACCGAGCCCCAGCCUGGAGACCAGAGACAGGCCGGGUUGGUGGGGGGUGGGGGGGAGCUGGGCCUCACCCAUCACUUUGUUCACCCCCUCAGUUCCCAGAUGGGGACAUUUCAGUGACAAAGGGGAGGAGGAGUGGGAGAAGAAGAGGAGGAAGAGAGCAUUGUAAUGCUUCCUUCUUGGGGCUUUUCAUCUGGCCUGUGACAUUCCAUUCCCACCCCUCCUCUAACUGGCGUUUCAUUGAGUAACUUUUUCUGAUUGAGUGCACCUGGGCAGAAACUCCUCCCAUAUUGGCCCUGGUCAUUGCUAUGUCGUGUUUUUUUUUUUUUUUUUCCUUACAAAAAACAAGGGGAGCCCCUAUUCCUUUGAGGUAGAGGUGGUUGUUGAAGUGCCCAGGCAGAUCAGCCAACAUUCCAGGAACCGCUCUGAUCUAGUGCUCACCUGCCCCUUUAGAGGACAGCCGGCUCGUCACUGACUGGCUCCUGGGCCCUGGAGGUUCAGGAUGACUCAGCUCUGGGCAUGGCAGUCCCGGCCAGGGGCGAGGCCGAGGUAUCCCUCAAAAUGCCCUGCUCGCCAGGAGCUCCCUUUCCCAGGGUACAAGUUCACACCCUUACCUUCCUGGACGGGCAGUCUCUGUGUGCCUCUUCCUCAGUAAAUCAACAACUCGUAAAUCAACACACCCUCUCGGACUAGCACGAGAGGCAGAAGAAGGAAUCAGUGAAGAGCAGGGACUCUGCAGACUGCCUGGGUUGAAUCCUGCUCCUGCCACUGACGUCCUGUGUGAACUUGGGCAAAUUAUUUAGCUGCCCUGAGUAUUAGUUUCCUUUUAUGUAAAAUGGGGGGAAAUAAUCAUAUACUUCUCAUAACGUUGAUGGGGAACAUUGAAUACCUAUUGGGUACCCAGGUAUUGUCCCUGCAGGUAUUGUACCCAGGUACCCAGGACACAGUGAGCUCUCCAUAAAGGACUGAUAUUAUUAUUUUAAUGUUUAUUUAUUUUUGAGAGACAGAGUGUGAGUGGGAGAGGGGCAGAGAGAGAGGGAGACUCAGAAUCCGAAGCCGGCUCCAGGCUCUGAGCUGUCAGCCCAGAGCCGGACCUGGGGCUCGAACUCACGAACUGUGAGAUCAUGACCUGAGCCAAAGUCAGACACUUAACUGACUGAGCCACCCAGGUGCCCCAAAGACUGAUAUUAUUGCUGGUGGUCACAGCCCAGUGCUGGGUCUCGUAGAAGAGACACACAUAAAGGACACAGUCCCCUCCUUAAGAAGAGGCAGCAUACAGUUAAAAAGUGUAUGGUUUGGGGGGAGCUAAGCGGACCUUCAGUACGUUAUUUAAUUCCAUUGGUACGUCAGUUUUCCCAUCCCCAAAACAAUUCUUAGAGGGUGAGAUGGUGGAUGAUAAACACCCUGCUCGGUGCCUGCCACAUUGUUGGCUCUCAAUACAUAUGGAUUCUCUUUCCCUUUCUGGGAGCUACACUCUGGAGAGGGACAGAGAGCAGAUCCAGAACCAGCCAGCCAAAUGUUUAGUUUUAGGGCAUGUACAGUUGGAUCCACAGAAGCUUGGAGGCCAGAGGAUUGGUUCCUGUAGUUGGAUUGUUCUAGGAAGGUUUCUUGGGAGAGGGUGGACCCUAGUUGGGGCUGAAAGGAUGACUAAAUAAAUGGAGCAGAGAGCAUAAAUGGGCUGACCAGUGGUAGAAGGGGGAUUGAAGAGAUAAGGAGGGCAGUGAGAGGUCCGGUCGUGUUUGUAGAGGUCUGCAUAGAAGAAGAUUGUUUCCUUUCUCAUAUUGUCUAACUGGAAUUUUCUGUGCUAACUUACAUACCUCUCGCUGUAGUUGAAGACAAGUUCUCUUAGAAGGACCAUGGUUAUUUCAGACUAAAUGAGCUUUUGGUGUUUUUCUUAAGCACUUUUGUGCUUGAUAUUGGGGUAAAGACCAGGUGAAUUUCCUUAGAUAAAAGGUGAAGGAAUUCUGAGGGCCAAUUCCCAGUCAAGUUUUUUGACCCUGAAUGUCCCAAAUAAGGCAUACUGUGAAGUGCAAGGACCAGGCCAAGGGGUGCUUAGAGCAGAGAAGUGAGUGAUAAAGAAAGAACUGAUUGUUAAAUCAGUGUCAUGGACAUUUGGGUGAUAAUUUGGGAAAAGUAAGGCAACAGCCCCACUUAAUAAGAUAUCAUGAAUAAAUGUAGGUAACAAUUUACACAUUAUAAAAAACCUGGAGCACCUGGGUGGCUCAGUGGGUUAAGUGUGCGACUCUUGAUUUCACCUCAGGUCAUGAUCUCAGUGGUUCCUGAGGUUGAGUCCCGUGUUGGGCUGUGUGUUGCAGGCUCUGUGCUGACAGCUUGGAGUCGGCUUGGGAUUCUCCCCCCUCCCCUGCUCCUCCCCUGCUUGCAGGCUUGUGCACCUGCGGGGUCUCUCUCUCUCAAAUAAAACAAACAAACAAAAAAAACCAACAACCCAACUUUAUAGUAUGUACUCUUGGAAAUGCAGAUUUUGGGGGCCUCAUUACAGACUUGAAGAAUGAAAAGCCCUGAGGCCAGGCCCAGAAAACUGCAUUUUCAACAAGUUCCCUGGGUGAUAAAAAAAAAAAAAAAAAAAUUCACCUAUAAAUAUUUCCUAUGCUUUCUUGUAAUGCUUCUAUAAUAUUAAGAUGGGCAAAGCAUGAUUCAAAGGCAUAAGUCAUUAUAGAAAAUAUCAAUAGAUAAGGCUAUAUAAAAUAAAAACCUAUUUGUACAACAAAGAAACAGAAAAAAGAAAUCUACCAUGAACCAAAAAUAAAAGGCAAAUGAUGAACCAAAAAAAAUUUUGCAAAAUAUAUGAUAAAGAAAAAAUAUGAAAAGGGGUGUCCUUUCAAUGUAACGAGCACUUAUAAAUCAAUAAAAACAAUUCCUAUAAAAGAAUGGGCAAAGGAUAUAAAUAGGUAAUUUACAUAAGAAAUGUAAAUGUCUAAUAAUAGUCAAUAUUCUUACUGAUAUUCCGCUUUUUAUCUUUCCAGUUUUUCUCCAUAAAGAACAUGUGGCAUAUGUAUGUGUAUGUGUGUGUGUGUGUGUGUGUGUGUGUGUGUGUAUAAUAUAUAUAAUGAAAGAUCAUUCAGCCAUAAAAAAAAAUCCUGCCAUUUACAACAACAUUGACAGACCUUGAGGGCAUUACAUUAAAUGAAAUAAGACAGACAAAGAAAGAUAAGUACUAUAUGACCUCAUUUUUUUUUUUUAUAUGAUCUCAUUUGUAUGUGGAAUCUAAGAAAACCAAAUUCAGACACAGAGAACAGAUUGUUGGUUGUCAGAGGCAGGGAGUGGGGAGGUUUGGGGGGCUGAGGGAAGUGGCAAAAGGUGAUCAAAAGGUCCAGACUUUUAAUUAUAAGGUAGAUGAGUUCUGGAGAUGUAAUGCACAACAUGGUGACUAUAGUUAACAAUAUUGUGUAUUUGCAAGUUGCUAAGAGAGCAGAUCUUAAAAGUUCUCAUCGGAAGGAAAAAAUGUAACUAUGUGAGGAGACAGAUGUUAACUAAAUUUAUUGUGGUAGUCAUUUUGCAACAUUUACAUAUAUCAAAUCCCUAGGUUGUAUACCUUAAAUUAAUAUAACUGAUAUAUAUGUCGAUUGUAUCUCAAUAAAACUGGAAAAAAUUUUAAGAUAAAAAAUAAUGGUGAUUUGCUGUCUUAUCAAAGGUACAGUUUUCUUAUCUCAAUAGUCCUACUCAGUAAUUCUAAAAGUAAAGAAACACCUUCCUUCAGGACAGAUCUAGUUUCUGGUUCUGUACUUAUUUCAAAAGCUAUAAGUUUUUAGUUCUCCUGCACCCUAAAAGCUUCUUACACUUCAACAUCUUUGUUCCUUCCAUAACUUCAUACCUAAUCUUUUUAAUUUUAAAUGUAUUGUUCUCUUUAAUGAAAGAGUGCAUUGCAAUGAAUAAGUAGCUGAAGAAACUGCAUGUUUGUGUUUUUGAAGACAGGAGUAAAGGACUUACAAGAUCACACAAGGCACAUGGCACAGAUACAUGUUGAUACAACAAGGGUUCUUGAAUUAAAAUUAUAUGUAAUUGUUAAUAUGCCAUUUUCAUCUCUCCAGCUGGUAGUGUUCGUUUUUUCUUCAAGUUUUCUAAUGUUUGUUCAUUAGAUUGGCUCAGCCUUUUAGCAGGAAAAUUUGGUAAUAAGAACUGUAUCAAAAGCCUUGGAAUGUUUCAUAACCUUACAUUGAGAAAUUCCACUUCUAGAAAUUAAUUCACUUCUAGAAACAAUCAUGAGUAUGCACAAAGAUACUACCACAAAAGCAUUUUACUGUAUUGUUUUUAAUAGGGAAGAACUAGAAACACGUUAGAUUUCCAAUAAUUCAGCUUUGGUAAAAUGCAUUAUGAUACAUUCACCAGUGGCAUACUACGUAGCCAUUAAAAAUGUAUACACUAUUUAGGGGCUCCUGGGUGGCUCAGUCAUUGAGUGCCCUAUUCUUGAUUUUGGCCCAGGUCAUGAUCACAGGGUUGUGGGAUUGAGCCUUGAGAAGGGCUCCACACUGAGCCUGGAGCCUGUUUGAGAUUCUCUCUCUCUCUGUCUGUCUGUCUGUCUCUCUCUCUCUCUCUCUGCCUCUCUCCCCCGCUUGCAUGCUCCCUUUCUCUCUAAAAUAAAUAAAAUUUUUAAAAAUUAAGAAAAAAUACAUAGACUAUUUAAUGACAUGGAAAAGUCCUAACAGUAUUCUUUUUAGUGGGGUGAAAAGCCAGCUUACAAAACAGCUUACAAUGAUCUUAUUCCUAAAAAUAUGUGUUCAUUCACAGAACAAUUGUAGAAAAAAUAAACAUUGACAUUUUAAGGGGUUCUCUCUGGAGAAAUUGUAGGUAGCUGUUAUUUCCUUUUUUGUGUGUCUUAUCCAUAUUGUCAAAGUUUUCUAGAAUGUAAAUGAACAUUUCCAUGAUAUGAAAAUGACGGUAAAACGUAUUCUAUAAAACGGAACAACUCACUGAGAGAAUGUUUAGCGUAGAACUUGCUGUAACAGUGUCCUGUCUCUUAACAAGUCACUUCUGUGGCUCCUUCCUCGGGAGGGCCCCAGGAGAGGCAGGGAUCGCCAAGGCCUCCUCCCAUUUGAAGCCUUACUAGAGGCCUGUGGUCUGCCUCUUGGUCAUGUAGAAUCCAGCUUUGGGGAAACUGCAAAGUAACCCAAAGUUUGGGAAGUAGGUUUAUAGAGUCUGAGCUAGAAACUCCUUCUCAGAGGAUCUAGUUUCUCCGCCCACGUUUUCCUCAAACAGAAACUAAGGCCUACUUCGGGGCUUGUCCAAGGCCACACAGCCAACUGAAUGACAAGGUGAGGCCUUGAAUCCUUGGCCUUUCCGCCCGGUUGUAUUUGUGUAAUACGCAGAUUUAGACCGGCCCUUCUCAUACUUUAAUGUGCACGGGGAUCACCAGGGAUCUUGUUGAAAUGCAGAUUUUGAUCCGGCUGGUCUCGGUGGGCCACUUCUAACCAGCUCUCGGGGAGUGCCGUUUUUUGUUGGUCUGGGGAAUCGCAGUUUAAGUAGCAGUGGUGUAGAGCACAGAUUCUGGAGCCAGACUUCAGCUUCCAGGUCCUGGCUCUGCCACAGGCUAACUAUGAUUGUUACCCGCGCUGUGCUUCAGUUUCCUCAUCUGCGAAAUCAGUUUAACACCUGAGAGUUUUCGGGAGGAGUUAAUAAGUUGCUACACGUUAAGUGCUUAGGUCGUUGUGCACUACGAAGUGCCCAGUCGAUUAUCAUUCAUAUUGCCCAGAGCAAUCAGCGGGUGCAGUAGGGUUUGUCGAAUGAAUGAAUAACCUUUGGAAAAAAGUUCUUUCCCGGGAGGCUAGCGUCUGAGAAGCAAAAGGGGAGGGCUCGUCGGAGGGGAAGAGGCCCACCUCCAAGGAGCUUCUCUCCAGCGGGUGGUCAGAAGGGCCGGGAGCGCCCGGAAGCCGGCCGGCCCGCGCCCCGCGGACCAAUGCGGCCGCCCGGGGGGAGGGGGCGGCCAGCCAGCCCUUUCCGUCUGGGGCUCCGGCGGCCCCGCCCCUUGCGCGUUGAGACGCUCGCAUUCCACGGUUGCUACAUCGUCGCGAGGGGCGGGGCGCCUGUCAGGGAAGCGGCGCGCGCGCCGGCGCGGGCGGGCUGGGGCUCGGCCGUGCAGUGCCAGCGCCAGCACCAGACCCGCGCCCCGCGCAGUCCCGACCGCCGCCUGCGUUCUGGCUCGCGAGCCCCAGCUCCCGCCCGCCCGUGCGCUGCCCGAGUAUGGAGCUGCUGUGCUGCGAGGGCACCCGGCACGCGCCCCGGGCCGGGCCGGACCCGCGACUGCUGGGGGACCAGCGUGUCCUGCAGAGCUUGCUCCGCCUGGAGGAGCGCUACGUGCCCCGCGCCUCCUACUUCCAGUGUGUGCAGAGGGAGAUCAAGCCGCACAUGCGGAAGAUGCUGGCGUACUGGAUGCUGGAGGUUUGUGAGGAGCAGCGCUGUGAGGAGGAAGUCUUCCCCCUGGCCAUGAACUACCUGGAUCGCUACCUGUCCUGCGUCCCCACCCGAAAGGCGCAGUUGCAGCUCCUGGGUGCGGUCUGCAUGCUGCUGGCCUCCAAGCUGCGCGAGACUACUCCCCUGACCAUCGAAAAACUGUGCAUCUACACCGACCACUCUGUCUCUCCCCGCCAGCUGCGGGACUGGGAGGUGCUGGUCCUGGGGAAGCUCAAGUGGGACCUGGCUGCUGUGAUUGCCCAUGAUUUCCUGGCCCUCAUUCUGCACCGGCUCUCUCUGCCCCGUGACCGGCAGGCCUUGGUCAAAAAACAUGCCCAGACCUUUUUGGCCCUUUGUGCUACAGAUUACACCUUUGCCAUGUACCCACCGUCCAUGAUCGCCACAGGCAGCAUUGGGGCUGCAGUGCAAGGCCUGGGCGCGUGCUCCACGACUGGGGACGAGCUCACCGAGCUGCUGGCAGGGAUCACAGGCACAGAGGUGGACUGCCUGCGGGCCUGUCAGGAGCAGAUUGAAGCUGCGCUCAGGGAGAGCCUCAGAGAAGCCGCCCAGACCUCGCCCAGCCCGGCACCCAAAGCCCCCAGGGGCUCCAGUAGCCAGGGGCCCAGCCAGACCAGCACUCCCACAGAUGUCACAGCCAUUCACCUGUAGCCCCGGAGAGGCCCCCUCCAGUGGCCACUGGCAGCAGAGGAAGGGACACCGCCACCCCCCCUCCCUGCCUGCAGGAACGAGCCACGCCAUGCCACGCCAUGCCACAUCGGAAGCCUGAGGGGGCCCCCUCCUGUUCGCCCCUCCCCAAGCUGAAGGGGGCAGGCCCUACCUAUCCCUGCAGUGUGCACUAAGGGGCCUGGCCAGCCGUGUUUGGGUGGCCCGCCAGGCUCCUCCUUUUCCCUGCGUCUGACCGGCUCCGCUCUUUCCCUGAUCCUAGCUGGCGGUGGGCCAGGCUGGUCGGAAAUGAAAUUGAAGUAGGUAAAAUACAUGCACCAGCGUUCCUUUUUGAGGCCCCCUUAUUUCUGGGGCUCUCGUGUUCUCAAAUGCCAAAAUGCCCCCAGUGCCUUGUAAAGGUGUUGCACCUUCCAGAGUUAAUGUAUUUGGAUUGGGGUCUUUCUGAAGAGAUCUCAGAGAUGCUGAUAGACAUGUGUGAGGGGAAACAGUCUGGACAGCUCCUCCUGACACGCUUUGGAGGCCCCAAUAUAAUCCGUGCGCGCAGCUGCUCCUAGAGGGAGGGACCAGGCCUCUGUCCGAGGGGCGGGCAAGAACCAACCAAUCCCUCCUUGCUUUGCUUUCCGCUCAGCUUCUCCUGUGUGAUUGAGGGGGGUUAGGGUGAAGGAAGAAGUUGUUUUAAUUUAUUAACUGCUUUGAGGACAACUGAAAGAGGGUGUGGUGGGGCCCAUCGACCCCACACGCGGUGGUAACCCUGGUGGUUGCUGCAUCCCUCCCCUCUGCUACUGGCUGGAGGAUCUUUGUGGCCAAGGAGCUGCUACAGCCUGGGGUAGGGCCAUGCCCUCCUCUCCCUCUGGCCCUCUGCCCCUCUCUGGGGGUGGGGGAUGGAGUAGGGAUAAACUGGAGGUGACUGAGCCCCUGUCUGGAGAGGGAGGCAAGCCCUGUUGACACAGGUCUUUCCUACGGCCACAAGGUCCAGGCUGGUGGCCCAGGACCAUCAUGCUACCUUAAUAAAGAUUCUGGAAUAAGCCUGG